GAUUUAAUAAUAAUUUACAACCCCUAAAUACAAACCCUAAAAUAUGUUGAAUUUGGAAAAUUGAAGUACUAAGUAAGAAGUACUCCCUCGGAAUUCGAGUACAAAGCCGCGCCUUUCCUCCCUUCCUCACUAUUAUUUCCCCAAAUUCAGGAUUCGAUUGAUUUAGGGCACACUCAAACUUUCCCAGAAGUUGAACUCUAUCACUUUCUAGUUCUUUGCUCUUUGAUCGAUUUAUCUAAUUCUAGUUGACAAUGCUUCCUCUAUCAUUAUUGAAGACUGCGCAAGGCCACCCUAUGUUGGUGGAAUUGAAGAAUGGGGAGACAUAUAAUGGGCAUUUGGUUAAUUGUGAUACAUGGAUGAAUAUUCAUCUUCGUGAAGUCAUCUGUACCUCUAAGGAUGGAGAUAGGUUUUGGAGAAUGCCUGAAUGUUACAUCCGAGGGAAUACUAUCAAGUAUUUACGAGUGCCUGAUGAGGUCAUUGAUAAAGUCCAGGAGGAGAAGAGCCGCACAGAUAGGAAGCCUCCUGGUGUAGGGCGUGGGAGAGGAAGAGGUAGAGAAGAUGGUCCUGGCCGGCAGUUAAAAGGCAUUGGACGCGGUAUGGAUGAUGGAGGUAAAGGUGCUGGAGGCAGAGGUCGGGGUGGUCCUGGUGGGAAGCCUGGUGGGAAAGUUGGAGGCCGUGGUAGAUGAAAUGCAGCUGGGUUUUGUGCUGAGCUACUUGUUGCGGUGGUGUUUUGCUGGUUUUGAUGCAUUAGCCACCGUUUUUGGAAUUAAGCUCGUUUUGUCAAAACAGGGUAAUCAGUGUGUGCAAGGUGGUGAUUAGAAAUAUUGAGUUUGUGGAUUCUACUAGUAUGAUAAUGUAAUGUAUCUUUCCGUAGGUUGUAUAACAGUUUGAGUUGCCCCUUAAUUUUCUGUGGUUGAAUUGUCAUUUUGAUUCACUUAGUGUUCAACCUGGUCAUUGUGAUUUGUGAAGGCCGAAAGCCAGUGAUAUAUCUACAGCACUUGGUAGGCAUAGUUCUUUGGUUGUUGGUGGCGAAUAGCAAACAUAGUCAUCAUUUAUAAAAACUAAUUUCAUUUGAGUUUAUACUGCA